AUGGUUGGAGACCCAGGGACAAGGAGACUACUCCCACAAAGCUCACAAAUGCAGAGCUUCUCUUUCGCACCCAAUAACUUUGGGCAGAGAGAGAACCAGAAAAACUAUGUUUUCGUCGAUGAACACAACCGACACAAGCGCCUCAAGGUUAUGAGGGCUUGUGAAGGAUGCCGGAGGAGAAAGAUUAAGUGUGAUGCCGCGACUACCAAUACCUGGCCAUGUUCAGCAUGCAUACGAUUAAAGCUUCAUUGUAUCCCACCUACAGUCAACUAUGAUCGCGACUUUCCACAGAACCCCCAAGGAUUCGAGGGCGAGAGAGUUGAAUAUGAGAGCGGUGGAAGUGGAGAUGACGAUUACCAUCAACAGGUUUCUAUGCAACAGCAGAUGGCUGGAACGCACAAGAAUAUCCCUCCCAUCUAUACGGCGCAAGUCCCUUACCCUGAUCCUGUGGGAGUAUAUCAGUCCGGACCUUAUGGCGAGCCUUCUUCUAGCCACAGCCAACCAAGCAUGCAUUAUGGAAGCAUGCAAACUCCGGUGAGCGUGAUCGAUCAGCACCAACAAUACCCUCCACAGACUGUAUUCCCAACCCCACCACUGCAACAACAUUCUUCACAUCCAGAAACUCCGGAUAAUUACGAGCAAGACCAGUAUGGACAACAAAAUCUGGCAGAUUUGCUCGGAGAGCUGAGAAUGAAUGAAGCUGGCACAGCUCCCUACUUGAAUAAUAGAAAUAAGAACAAGACUCUGGUAGAGGAACCGGCAUUUGAAGAGCUCGACGAGUACAAGCACGUCUUACCACCCACUCUGUCCGGUCCCGAUCUCAAAGUAAGGAUACCACCAGAGCUGAUGCCAGAUGACGAAACCACACUGCAUUAUUUCGACAUGUACUUCAUGAAUGUUCAUCCAUAUGUGCCUGUUUUGAACAAGGCACUUUUCUACCAACAAUGGCAUACAAACAGAGAGUCGAUAUCACCUCUCAUUCUCGAAGCUAUCUUUGCUAUAGCGGGACGACUCGCAGAUGAACCCUCACAGGGCCAUCAAUGGCUUGCUUUAGCAUCGAAACAUGCUGAUUCGUUCAUGGACGUUCCACGUUUGAGCACUUUGCAGGGAAUGUUGAUUGUCUUAAAAGCUCGAGAAUCGGCCCCAAAGCGAGGCUACUACUUCAGAUCCUGGAUGACUGUUGUUCAAUGUGUUCAAAUGGCAAAAGACCUGGGACUGGAUGAGCACUUUGAGGAACACAAAGCCGGAAGAUCUUGUGGCUCUGAUCUUGCUGAUUGCAUUACCAAAACUCGAAUUUGGCAGACGAUCUUUGUUUGUGAAUUGAUGAUUGGGUCCCCACAAGGCCGGACGGAUUUAGCAGUAGACAUGGAAUCUUUGGAUUUGAGCAUACCCAGGACAGCUCUCGGGAACGACGAGACCGAAUUUCAUACUACGCGAAAUUUUGCUUAUUUCACCAGAGUCGUCCGAAAUGUCAGGAGGAUGAACAAUGUUUAUGCUCGGAUAAAGAAGAAAAAGGAGUGGGGUAUCGAUCCCGAUUUUGUGCAGUUGAACCCUUCAUUCGAGUCUUGGAUGAAUGAUUUGCCUGGGGACCUGCAACUCACCUUCCCUCCUGAUGGAUCGCCGCCCUGGUUGCCUUCUCACUUCAUCGGAAAUCUUCAUUCAUACUACUAUCUCAGUAUUAUCAUGCUUCACCGACCUCAACUCACGUUCAUGGAACCAACAGGAAUGGACGGGGGCUGGAAACACCAUAUGAUGAUCUGCUACUCGUCCGCAAAAUUGCUCUGUAGGUUGCAGGAGGCCAUAUUGCAGUCUUUCGGCAUGACAGGUCUUCUGUGCAUGCAAAGGGGAAUCAACUUCACAAUAUACUGUGUUUUGACAUGCACAGUCCUCCAUCUGGUUGCACUCACAUCACCAGACCCUGACCUGAACGCCGACGCUCGCGAAUACUUCACCCGCCAUAUGAGAAUACUUGAGAAAUGCACCAGCUCCUGGCCAAUGCCAGACAUGCAACACCAGAUCGAUGCUCUCCGGGAAGCGUUCUCAGCUGAUACUAGGAAGCCCUUCGUUCUCAAACCAACCUUCCCAUAUGGAAGUCCUGGAGCUCCAUCUAGUGCUAGCCCACCACGAGCAAGUCAAUAUCGACAAGCAGUCACUCAAUCAUCUUCACACCAGCAUAUGGAGCAACAACAUGCACCACAACAAGUCAGUUAUACAGCCCACCCUAUCUCACCGCCUAUCUCAGCCGGAGGUGUGGACACGAAGAGUGACUCUCCUGCUGUACAGUCUCUGGUAAUGAUGGCCACUGGGCAACGUGGACCACAACCACCCAUCGGUACAGGGGUUCCAAUGUCCGAUCCAUCAGCUUGGAACCCCUCAAGGAUUUUUAAUCAGUGGAAUUCCACGUUUGGUACGGCCCCUCCUCAAAGCACUUCUGCUCCCCAAGCCACUCCUCUAAAACUUGCCGUUUCAGGUGCACAAGAGAUUCCCAGCUUACCGGAGCUCGAAAACUUACCGAAUGUGAGUUUGCCGCCAAACUCACAAGCAAUGCCUCCGCAGCAAUAUUCUGGAGCACCAAUCCCAUCCUUUGUUUCGCCAAGUAUGUGGCAAGAGAGCGUGGCCAGUGUUUAUGAGGGUGGGUUGAAGCGACAAUGGGAUUAUGAUGAUCAAGGAAUGGCAUCGAAACGGCCGAGAUGA